AAUUCGAAGCUGCAAGUGCAGCGUUUACUCUGCCAAAGUCGCAGUACAGAUUCUGAAGCCGCAGCGCCGUCCCCUCCUUUCCUCGCCCCAGCCUGAGCGGGAAGCGGCAGCAGCUCCCCAGAGCCCUGGCUUGGCAGGGAAGGGACGGGCACCCGGGCAGCCAUAUUGCAGCCCCCCGGGUCCCUCCUCCUGGGCAGCUGCGGGCCCCACACUCACGACCUCCUUUGGGAGCCGGAUCUGUCCUCUCCAUCGCCGCCACCCGCCAGCCUCUGCGUCCCUUGGCUUCUGACAUCCCUUCUGGCCAUCCCCCUGUGCCGGUCGGAGCCUCUAUUUAUUUCCUUUCUUACUAUCAAUACUUGACCAGCAGAAAAGGAAAGUUUAAAAAUGCCGAUCGCACAGUUGCUGGAACUAUGGAAAAAAAUCGAGGUGGAGCCUAUGGAAAUAGAGACCACAGAGGAGGAUCUCAACGUGGAUGCUGAACCGGCCACAGAAGACACUGCAGAAGAAGGCAAAAGUGACUCAGCUGCCUCGAAGACAAAGGUAGCUGGAUCCACAGAGGAGGAAGGCAUUGUGAAGGAGAUUGACAUCAGCCAUCAUGUGAAGGAAGGCUUUGAGAAAGCAGACCCUUCCCAGUUUGAGUUGCUGAAGGUUUUAGGACAAGGAUCCUAUGGAAAGGUGUUCCUGGUGAGGAAGGUGAAGGGGUCCGAUGCUGGGCAGCUCUAUGCCAUGAAGGUCCUUAAGAAAGCCACUCUAAAAGUUCGGGACCGAGUGAGAUCGAAGAUGGAGAGAGACAUCUUGGCAGAAGUGAAUCACCCCUUCAUUGUGAAGCUCCAUUACGCCUUUCAGACAGAAGGAAAGCUCUACCUGAUCCUGGACUUCCUGCGGGGAGGGGACCUCUUCACCCGGCUCUCCAAAGAGGUCAUGUUCACGGAGGAAGAUGUCAAGUUCUACCUGGCUGAACUGGCCUUGGCUUUAGACCAUCUCCACGGCCUGGGGAUCAUCUACAGAGAUCUGAAGCCUGAGAACAUCCUCCUGGAUGAAGAGGGACAUAUUAAGAUCACAGAUUUCGGCCUGAGUAAGGAGGCCAUUGACCACGACAAGAGAGCGUACUCCUUCUGCGGGACAAUCGAGUACAUGGCCCCCGAGGUGGUGAACCGGCGCGGACACACGCAGAGCGCCGACUGGUGGUCUUUCGGCGUGCUCAUGUUCGAGAUGCUCACGGGGUCCCUGCCGUUCCAGGGGAAGGACAGGAAGGAGACCAUGGCCCUCAUCCUCAAAGCCAAGCUGGGGAUGCCGCAGUUUCUCAGUGGGGAGGCACAGAGUUUGCUGCGAGCUCUCUUCAAACGGAACCCCUGCAACCGGCUGGGUGCUGGCAUUGAUGGAGUGGAGGAAAUUAAGCGCCAUCCCUUCUUUGUGACCAUAGACUGGAACAAGCUGUUCCGGAAGGAGAUCAAGCCACCAUUCAAACCAGCAGUGGGCAGGCCUGAGGACACCUUCCACUUUGACCCCGAGUUCACAGCACGGACGCCCACAGACUCUCCUGGUGUCCCCCCGAGUGCAAAUGCUCAUCACCUGUUUAGAGGAUUCAGCUUUGUGGCCUCAAGCCUGAUCCAGGAGCCCUCACAGCAAGAUCUGCACAAAGUCGCAGUUCAUCCAAUUGUACAGCAGUUACACGGGAACAACAUCCACUUCACUGAUGGCUACGAGAUCAAGGAGGACAUCGGGGUGGGCUCCUACUCAGUGUGCAAGCGAUGUGUGCAUAAAGCCACUGACACCGAGUACGCUGUGAAGGUUUUGGAGAAGCCCAUGCAGGAGAAGGAGAGAAGACCGUGCAAGCUCAGUGGGGCCGGGUUUUCCCAGAAAGAAGCACAUGCCCCCUUCCGGUCCUGCGACUCACCCUCCCCACCCCUGCAGCCCCUUCCGGUCCUGCGACUCACCCUCCCCACCCCUGCAGCCCCUUCCGGUCCUGUGACUGUCCCUGUGCAGCUCUUUGGCACUGGGAGCCAGGACCACCCCCAAGCCACGGUGACGUGCGAUGAUGUGCGCGUCCCUGAGGCCCAUGUGCGCCCCUUCACUCCACAGGUCUAUGACGAUGGCAAGUUCGUGUACCUGGUGAUGGAGCUGAUGCGUGGCGGGGAGCUCCUGGACCGCAUCCUCCAGCAGAGAUACUUCUCAGAGCGUGAGGCCAGUGACGUCCUGUGCACCAUCACCAAGACCAUGGACUACCUCCAUUCCCAGGGGGUUGUUCAUCGAGACCUGAAGCCGAGUAACAUCCUGUACAGGGAUGAGUCGGGGAGCCCGGAAUCCAUCCGAGUCUGUGACUUCGGCUUUGCCAAGCAGCUGCGUGCGGGGAACGGGCUGCUCAUGACGCCCUGCUACACGGCCAACUUCGUGGCCCCGGAGGUCCUGAAGCGUCAAGGCUACGAUGCGGCGUGUGACAUCUGGAGUUUGGGAAUCCUGUUGUACACCAUGCUGGCAGGAUUUACCCCUUUUGCAAAUGGGCCAGACGAUACCCCUGAGGAGAUUUUGGCGCGGAUCGGCAGUGGGAAGUAUGCCCUUUCUGGGGGAAACUGGGACUCCAUAUCUGAAGCAGCCAAAGACGUCGUGUCCAAGAUGCUCCACGUGGACCCUCAUCAGCGCCUGACAGCGAUGCAAGUGCUCAAACACCCCUGGGUGGUCAACAGAGAGUACCUGUCCCAAAACCAGCUCAGCCGACAGGACGUACACCUGGUGAAGGGCGCGAUGGCCGCCACCUACUUUGCUCUAAACAGAGCACCUCAGGCCCCGCGGCUGGAGCCCGUGCUGUCGUCCAACCUGGCUCAGCGCAGAGGCAUGAAGAGACUCACGUCCACGCGGCUGUAGCAGGUGGGACCCUGGCCCCAGCGUCCCCCGCCAGCGUCCUCGUGGGCUCGCAGACCCCGGCCUCGGAGCCCAUCUGGCACCCAGAGUGACCACAAGUCCAGCAGGGAGGCGGCGCCCGCCCUCGCCGUGUCCGUGUUUUCUUUUUCAACCCCGGAGAGGGUCCUGACCCGGGGGCUUCUCCAAGCCUCACUGCGCCAGCCUCGCCGCCCGCUCUCUUUUCUCCCAAGCAAAACCAAAUGCGCCCCUUCACCUCACGUGCCCGUGCGAGGCCGGGGGCUUCUUUCAGAACCCGCGGGUCUUCUCAUAUCACGGCUUCUUUUCUGCCAAGAGAUCUGUGUUCCAAUUAUGAAGCCGGUCGGUUUAGUCAGACUUGCGCUGCCGACGUCCCGGGUACCCGGUGGGAAAGUGGCAGUGCAAAGGCGCAGCCGUCGGUGGUUGCAGGGCCCUAGAGGGCUGGGGUGACCUGGUAUCCUGGGGCUCCCCACGGGCUGGAUGAGGGGGUUGGCACUGUGGCGUCCAGGGGGAGACGCCUGGUUCUGCCCAAAAUAAUCCAAAGAGCCGUUUCCUCCUCGCCCUUCAGUUUCUGCCUGAGGUGCUGGGUAGCCCAUCCUAUCCUCUGUCCCAAAUUCAAAGGAGGAGUAAGAGCCCAGGCGACAGCAAGGUGGGCUGGAUCUUUGCCUUGAGAGCUCCGUGUCACCACGGAUGGAAGGGGGCGCCUCCCGGAGGAGCCUGUGUCCACCUCCAGUCUUGGCUUUCCCCCGGGGGCCAAGCGCACUGGGCUGCCCUUGGUCCCCAGCUCCGGUGGUCACACAGCUACCUGGAGGCUUUGCAGGGAGCCGUGGGUUCUCACGCCUUCUCAGCCCUGUGUCAGCUUCCUGUGUGCUCACCCAAAGCCGUGGUUCUGCUGUGUUCACUUCGAUUUUUCUGGUCUACGGAGAAACUGUGAAUUUGAGAAAUGGAGCUCUGUGGCUUCCCACCCAGUCCUUCUCAGUCCAACUGGAGGCUGGAGGGAGACGCAGGCCCCACCCAGCAGACUAAGGGGCAGGGGCACAGGUCGGAGGGCAGCGGAGAUCAGCGUGGACAGGAGCGAUGCACUUUGUAGAUGCUGUGGCUUUGUGUUGCGUUUUGUGUCUCUGUUGCACAGAUCUGUUUUCACACAGAUCCGUAUACCCUGGGGUGUGCACACAGGGUGGGUGUGGGGCAUUUAGGCCAUGCUGUGCUCUCCUUCAUUGAGUAAAAUCAAGUGAGAGGUUCCAGGCAGGAGGCUUGACGCCCAGUCCAGCCCGCAGAGGGAACACACGGGUCCUUCAUUCUCCCGUAAGGGUGUUGAAGAUGCUCCCCGGCGGCCGCCAAGCCAGGGUACCCAGCAAGUGGACUGGGUGGGAGGGGGCGCCGCUCACCCCCUCACCCUGCAUUACUGAAGAGCCCCGCGUCUGCAGCAAGCGGAGCUUCAGGAGGCCUCCACUGGCCACAGCCAGGUUUUCCCUAAGAAAAUGUUAUUGUGUUGGGAUUUGUUCCCCCUCCAUCUCGAUUCUAGUACCCAACUAAAAA